AUGUCUGCACUAUUCCGCCGAUCUGUAUUCAACAUUGCACGUACCGCAUCGGUGCCUUCCCGUGCUGCAAUUAUGCGCCCGGCGUUUGCCGUCCGUUCUUAUGCAGCUGCUGCGGGUUUGUCCAAAGAUGAUAUUCAAGUGCGGGUAUUGGACGUCUUGAAGACUUUCGAAAAGGUGGACCCUGCAAAAUUGGCUCCAACUUCUUCGUUUACGGAAGAUCUUGGAUUAGAUAGUUUGGAUGCUGUCGAGGCAGAGUUCUCGAUCGAGAUUCCAGAUGCUGAAGCUGAUGAGAUCAAGACCGUCCAGCAAGCAAUUGAUUACAUUGCCAACACCCCGGAAGAUAGGACUCAAUCAGGUAGCUCAUUAAAGUCAUUGUUCAAUCAUGACGAAAUUCUUAAAUCUCACUGGGAAUGGCUUACCUCACUUGCCGAAGACGUAGAGAAGUGGCUAUCCAAGACUCUUGGAAUCUCAUCCAAACCAAGUUCAGUCCGCGCACUUUCCCUGCUGUUCGCGUCUGGAUCGGCGCUUCAAAUUCAGCGGGACCCAGACGCAUUGUUCCGGCGGGCUCAUCGAGAGCUCGGAUCGGUGUUUGGAAUAAAGUCAUUUGGAUCGGUGAUGUACUACAUUACCGAUGCAGACCUCAUCAAUUCGGUGUACAAACAGACAUCUGUGUUCAGCGGUUCACCAAUGCAGGCUACCUUUUUGCAUAGUGUGUUCAACAUGAGAAUGGAAGUUAUAAAUGGACCUCACGCGGGGGUAUUUGGUGACAUGGUUGCUUCCAAAAAUCGACAUACUUCACCGGUCAACGUACACAAUCUAGUUUCGACGUUCAUCACACAUACACGAAGCCUGGUAUCUGAGCUUUCUUCUGGCUCAGUGAAGCUGCAGGACUUAGUCAUAUUAAUGCAAAAAGCCGAUUGCACAAUGCUGUUGGGAUCUUCCUUCGACUUUGGAUCCAUCGCCUCAGCGUUUGAAAAGUUUGACCAUGGAGUCACUCUGUUGGCUAUCAAUUUUCCUUCAAUGUUUAUGCGUGAAACAACCGCCGCGCGCUCGCAGCUAAUUGACAGCUUGACUCGAUACUUUGAGUCCGGGCCACCCGAAGACGCUUCGCAGCAAGUGAAGGAUUUCGUGGACCUGGCUAAGGGUGCCGAGUGGACCAACAGAGACACAGGAUCAUUCGCGUUAGGCAUGGCCAGGGGAUUAGAACUGCUUUUAGAGGAAGUCAGGAGGGUUGUGAAUUCUGAUCGAGACUUAUUAGAGGUUGUCCGUGAUUCAACCGCCACGCCAUACUUGGACGCAUCUAUCAAUGAAACUAUCCGCAUCGCUUCUGAUUCGUGGUCCGUGCGUUGGGUCCCACCGUCGCCCACUCCUUCGAGACUAGGCACAUUCAUAUUCAGGGGUGGCGACUUGGUUAUGUGCAAAAUGCGUGGAGUACACAUGGACCCGAACGUUUAUGCUCAUCCCGAGGUAUAUGAGCCUGGGAGGUUUACGAGUGGUAAAGAGGGGAUGAGAGGAAGAUUUUUCCCCUUUGGUGGAGGUUUUAGCAUCGUGAGUCCCAGGCCGCCUAGCGCACGAUUAGAUUGGAACUCAUUUAUCUCAUGGCUUGGGGUCCCGUCUUACUUUACGGGUCGGCAUACACCCACCACCUUGAUCACAGUGCGAAGGCCGACACCUUGCUCUUUCACAAAUCAGAGCAUUUCUUAUCAUUUUUCUGAACGAAUUCGAUGUAUCGCUGGUCGAUUCACAAAGCGAAGUUCCCAUGUUCAGCCCUCGUAA